CCCCGGCGCGCGCGGCGCCGGCUGCGGCUGGAGAGGUCGAGGCAGGGCCGAGCGCUCCCAGCCCAGGCGAGUCCCAGGCCCCCGCGGCGGGCCGGGCUGGAACCCGAGGCCAACCUGGGCACCCGCACUCGCUCAGACAGCUCGGGUCUCCGCCCCCGGGCCGGCCAUGGCUUCGGAGCAGUGGUUCGUGGGGCCGCUCCCUCUGGGCCCCGGAGAAACGCCGCCCCCCGACGACUUGGAACCCGGGGCGCAGGCCUGCGGAAAGCCCUCGUGGUCGACGCCCCCUGCCAUUCCGGGGGACCCGCCGGAGCCCGAGGCUGAGGACGUCCAGGAGCAGCUGCAGGAGGCCCCAGCCGCCUCCACGCCCUCCCCCGAGCCGCUGGGCCCCGGGCCCGGGCCAGCCGCUCCCCGCCUCGCCCUGGACACCAUGUUCAGCCCCAUCACCGAACAGCUCCGCUACCUGCUCAAGAAGGCAGAGGACUUCCAGAGCUACCUGCUCUACAGCAGGGACAGCGUACAGAAGGAACAGCUGGCAAAGGCCAUGCCGACCUUCCUGCAGAUGUGCGAGCCCUACUUCCUGUACCUGGAGGCAGCCGCGAGGAGCAUGCCCCCCAUCUACGGAGCCCUGCAGGAGCUGAUCCGGAAGGGGGUCUGUGUGUGCUUCCAAGCAGCUGUUGGAGAUCUCCCAGCAGCUGACCCUGCGCCUGGAACAGCUGGUCCUCAUGUAUGCGUCCUUCGGCUUCGUGAGCCUGGAGGACACGGACCCUCUGAGCAUCUCCUGCUUCUUCUGCGGGAGGUUCUCCAUCAGCCCUUCCCACGAGGUGUCCAUCUUCAGAUACUGUGCCCCGGCUGCCUACACUGCCAGCCGCUUCCCCAGGUACCUCUACAAGAAGAUGCGCUGGAGCCUGGAGACCAUGCCAGAGCCCGGUGGCAGGGGGCAAGAUUCCCAUGUGGACUACUAUUUCCUGUGCUACCGAGACACCUGGGAAGACACAGGCAAGAGUCCGGCCAAUUCGUGCCCCCAGAUCCAGAAGCUGUGGUCCAUUGGCCGAUGGGUGCCCCUAGGACCGGCUGAGGACGACAUUUACUCCUGUCUUUGAAAGCUGGUAUUUCGGGCUUACAAGUGCAUCUUAAUUCAGACUAGCCACAAGCAGCUUUAUAUUGUCUUCUUCAAAUGAAAGCCACAGUCUGCGUGCCCUAAACGUUUCCGGUGGGUAGUGGCAGUGCAAUACUGGAAGAGGAAGGAAACAAGCUUGAUUUCCUGGGUCCUGUUGCUCAGCAGCUGUCUACACCCGUGCUUCUCACACUUUAGCACAUACCAGAAUCACGCGGAGAGGUCCAUCAUUAGGACUGGGCCUAGACUCAAGUCCUUGCAUUUCUAACAAGUCCCCGAGUAUGGCUGCUACUGCUGGCCCAGGCACCACACUUUGAGAACUUCUGGUCUACAUCUGCAUCAUGGUUCUCAAACUUGGCUGCACAUUGGAAUAAGCUGGGAGGAGCUUUAAAAUAAAAAUACGGAUGUCAAGCACCCCCACACAACAUUCUGAUUUGCUCGCCACAGGGGGCCUCAGUUAAGUUUAAUAUGCGGGAAAGUUAGAGAACCCCUGGCUCUCUCCUGCCUUUCUCUCGGGAUCUCCCAGAAUCAAGGUCAAGCACGUGGUCAGUGUAGGGACAAUAGGGUCAGGAGUUGGGCCCUUCUUGGACUGAGCUGCUCUUGGCUGUAUGAGCCUUUCUUCUCAUGUGUACUUCAUUUGCUGUCCCUAUGCAGGGGGCAGAGUUGGACAGACCGAGGAGUCCAAACAGCAAUUCCAAAAAGUUCCUGGGCCUCACCUUUUCUGGUCUCAGUGCACUUCUAAGAAGCUGUUAAACUCUAGCCCCAGAAUUUUAACUGCACAGAUACAGUUUUACAGACAACUUGGGGCGUUCACCCUCCCUCUCCAACCCUCAUCCAGGGAAGAGAAAUUAACCAGGGCUUGCAAAUGGACAGCCACAGGUUCUGUUGUAAGCAGGUGAUGCUUGCCACUCUCCCUCCCUCCCUCAAGAUUUUA